GAGUGUCUGGCAAAAAUUGUGUGGUUUAUCUGCCUGUGGCGUUGUACUGUUAAUUGUUUAGAAUAAAAGAAUAUUUCAAAUAUUAUCACAGCAUUUGAAGUUGGAUUCACCCUAGGCCCUAGGCGUUACCUAAAGCAGGGAAUGCCACUCUAGUUGGAAGCAGGAAACAAGUCAAGUGAACUGAUUUGCAGGGAUUAACAUAAAGAACCGCUCUGGUUUGAUGGAUUUUAAAAGGGUAAAUCUAGGGAUUAUGAUGUCAGAUCAGACGCUGGGGUGGGGGGAAAUUGAAUUGUCAAAGGGAAUCUGGUGGCCAGGAUUAUGCCACAGUGGAGAUUGCCGGAGUCAGGUGUUUGUGUUCCCAGUGGUGACCAUGUUGUGGUGACAGUUAUGGAGUAGGACUCACCGGAACGGCUCUAUAUAAUAUAGAUUCACUGCAUAAGGCUUCUUGAGUAAUGGGAUUUCAAGUGCAAAUGGAUAUUUACUUGCACCUAGCCCGGCACUUGCCAUAGAUGGACUGACCAAAACUAGCAAGAUGAAGGUGAAGUGGACUCAACUGGGCUUGAUCUUUUUCUUGCUGUUAUCUGUCAUUAUGACUUCUUGCUUCAUCUGGCAGUACCAACUGCCCAAACUAGAGCCAGAUGGAAAUCUUGAUGGAAAUUCCAGAUCUGAACGAAUGUGCCCUCGCUUUCCCGAGCCCACCACUCUGGAACACCCCAUUCCUACUUUGAAAGAAGCACUUGAAAAGGUUGACUUUAUGUUGCGCAACAGCAUCAACCCUAUCAGCCUGCCCGCGUUGUCUGCUAUUGUAAUUUAUAAUGACACAGUACUGUGGACUGGAAACUUUGGAAAGAGAAAUGGGAGUGAUCUAAACUCUCCACCACCAAAUGAGUACACCAUCUACAGAAUUGCUAGUCUAUCCAAGCUGUUUCCCACUUUGAUGCUAUAUCGAUUAUGGGAGGAUGGUAAGGUGGGCUCUCUGGAUGACCCACUCGAAAAAUAUGUGGACAUAUUCACCAUUAAGAACCCCCUGGGCAAAAGCAAAGACUCCGAACUGAAAUAUGUCACUGAUGGCCUUAUCUUUCUGGACAGCGGUGAGGUUCAAAUUCGAUCGUCCUCCGUAACACUAAGAAGAAUGGCCAGCCAGCUUUCUGGUCUACCUCGAAGGCUUCGUGCAACUAACUUGUUAUGGAAAGGAAAGACCCAAACUGCUGUCAGCCUCCUGCAAGAUGAUGUGCUUGUUGCAGAUCCAGGAACUAAAUGUCACUACAGCAAUCUGGCCUUCUCUUUGCUGGCCCACAUACUGGCUGAAAAAGUAGUAGGUGUAAACUACCAGCGAUGGAUCGCUGAGAACAUUCUGGGCAGGCUGGGAAUGGAGGACACUGGUUUUGACAUCAACCCUGGUAUCCAGAGUCAAAUGGCCGUGGGGGUCUACUCCAGUGGUCAGACGGCACCUCUGUAUGACCUGGGUUGGUACCGUCCAUCGGGCCAAAUGUAUUCCACGGCUGCCGACAUGGCUAAAUUAGCCAUGGUGUUGCUGGGAGCCUAUCACCGAAAGCUGCUGGAACCCGACACUCUCAAAAUCAUGCUAACUCCUCUUUUCCGCUGCGAUAAAGACUACUUCGCCAACCGGACCGGAACUCCAUGGGAGGUAAACGAACAGCUGGGAUAUGAAGUGCUCCGCAAAGAUGGAGAUUUAGACGGAUACUCCGCAACUUUCUCUUUGGUCCCUCGCCUCAAGCUAGGCUUGGUGGUGCUAAUGGCGGGCACGAGGCCACAGAACCAAGACGUUGUGUCGAAGGCUUACUCGUAUAUAAUUCCAGCCAUGGAGAGAGCUUUCAGGGAAGCCAGGCGUAUUUUGAAUCCACCACCCAACCCCGCACCAUACGUGGGCUUUUACACUUACGGCAACAUUACUUUUUAUGAGAUUAAAGUAGGGACAGAUGGCGUCUUGAUCAUGCAGCAGUUUGGACCUCAAAUAGAAGAUCUCAUCCCCGAGCGUUAUCGGACCAUAAAAUUGAAUUACCUAGUGGACCGGGUUUUCAGAGUGGUGUUUGAGAAAGAAUACCCCUGUGCGUUACGUCUCAACACAGCAUCGGUCUCGCUUGAAGCUCAGGAUGGGCAGCUUUUUAAUUUCUACGUCUUUGACAAGAAUGGGCUUUCUCCAGGAUUUGAUGCUCCGGGGCUUAACACGUAUAAUGUGGUUCGAAUAGCCCGCAGACCCACAUUCUCCUAAAGAAAGGCUUUAGAAAAACUGUGAUUUAAAAACCUAGGGGUUUAUAUAUAUACUAUAUAUAUUGGCUAGAUUGGAUUAAAUGAUAACAGUCACCUCUGGUAUUAUUUUACUUAUUUCUAUGCUGGUUAUCUAUGUGAACAUAACUUGUUUUGUACAUGUACUGUAUAAGUCCUUGUAUAUAAAAAUGACCCAUAUUUUCAUGUUCUCAAAUACACUUAUAUGCAAUUGUAUUUAAGAAUGUUUUUGUACAGUUGGCUUCACACGUUAUUGUACAUACAAUGUUCUAGCAUGAUGAAUGGUCCAUGUGUCUUUUAAACUAUGGUUUGUGUUAUUUAAGUAUGUGUUAUUUUAGCCAAUCAUGGUCACCUGUUUUAUUUUUGUGCCAUGGCAAUCGGAUAUUCGGACCUCCAAAUGUAAUUUAUGCAAAAUAAGCCUUGUAGAUCCUGUUGUAUGCAAUUAAAUAAAUUGAUGAUGUAAAUGAGCGCCCUAAAAUGUAUAAUUGUUGAUCAUCAAAACUAA